AGUCCCUACCCAACAGCGGGCUCACAGUCUAAAAGGGGGAGACAGAGAACAAAACAUACUAACAAAAGGGCCCGCGGGUUGUUUUAUGCCGCUGGGAGGUGGCGAAGGGGAGACUGAUGAGGGAAUACAAGGUGGUGGUGUUAGGGAGCGGCGGGGUGGGUAAAUCCGCCUUGACCGUACAGUUCGUCACGGGGACUUUCAUUGAGAAAUAUGACCCCACCAUUGAAGAUUUCUACCGCAAGGAGAUCGAAGUGGACUCUUCCCCCUCCGUGCUGGAGAUCUUGGACACCGCAGGGACCGAGCAGUUUGCCUCCAUGAGAGAUCUCUACAUCAAGAACGGCCAAGGUUUCAUCCUCGUUUACAGUCUGGUUAAUCAGCAGUCUUUCCAGGAUAUCAAGCCAAUGAGGGACCAAAUUGUCAGAGUGAAGAGAUAUGAAAAAGUUCCACUCAUCCUAGUGGGAAAUAAAGUGGAUCUGGAGUCCGAAAGGGAAGUCUUGUCUGCAGAAGGCAGAGCUCUGGCUCAGGAAUGGGGCUGUCCAUUCAUGGAGACAUCAGCAAAGAGUAAAACCAUGGUGGAUGAACUGUUCGCUGAGAUAGUCAGGCAAAUGAACUAUGCCUCGCUGCCUGAAAAACAAGAUCAGUGUUGUACAACUUGCAUUGUCCAGUGAAAAAGAUGAAGACAAACCUCAAUCAUGGCCAUACAGAGCAGGUAAAACUCAGAGGAAAUUUGCACAGAUGCUGCUUUGGAGAACUUUACAGCCCAGGUUGCAGAGCUGAGCCUUGGUAAACCUGUCUCUCUCUUACAGCACAUUGCCAUACAUCUAAUUAAGUGCAUAAGGUCGGUGGCCUUCAAGAUCUACAGACCUUAAACAGGAAUGCUUAGCACGUUUACCAUAAGUUAAGUCUGUUCUUUAUCAAUCAGUCCUUUUAUAGCUUUCUAAGUUCGUAUUAAUGGCUAAUAUGCAAGAGUUCAUUUUUAAUAUUUUAAUUGAUUUCUUUAAUCAAUUUCUGAACUUGUAUUUAUUAAAUACUUAAACUCAGUAUUACCUACUCAAUGCCUUUUACAAGAAAGUUUUAACGGAGAAUAAAUUGAGCCUUAAAAAAAUGGUUACUUCUGUAUAUUACCUCGCAACAGUGCUUAAUUCUAUUUACAGAAUAUUUCUCCUGAAAUGGUUGGUCAAUACUAAGAGAUUUUUACAUGUGACAGUAUUGUAAGACAAAAACUGAAGAUCGUGGUUUGCCUGUAUGGAUUGAAUAUCCCUUUUCAGCUGAGAGCUGCUUGGAACAUAAAUAAUUGUGAUUCAUUCUAAAAAGUGGAGAGUGCUAUUUGAAAUGGAGCUCUUCAACCAUCUAGCAAAAUUGUGAAAACCACAUGGUUUUAAAAACCUUAUGUCAUUUGCAGCAGCUUUGAAUUGUAGCAGUGGGAUCCUCCUUUCUGUGGAAUUUUAAAUUGAGUUAAUGGCCGAUUUAGGAAUGCCUUUGAAAAGGGAUCUUGGAGUCCUUGGUAAAUAAUGCCUGUACCUAAGCAGAGAUAGCUCAGCUUUGUCUGACAGGUUAGUAAGUGUUACCUAGUGGGCUGCUGCACAUGUAAAUUGAAUGCAAAUAAAAUGAUUUUACAUUUUCUAGUUCCUAAUAUUUGUCUUUCUGAAUAAUAUUUUAAAGCAAUAUUUGUUAAAGUUUUCUUGCACUGUCACAAAAGCUUUUUAGUUAUUUCCCUGUAAACAGGUUAGUAUUUGAAACAAAACCAGUUGUAACAUAGUAGGGGAAAGCACCAAGUUUCAGUGCUACUAACUGUACGUGGGCUUUAAGCAGCCAUUGCCUUCCAUGUUGUUUACCCGAUCAACAUAUUUUGUCUGAAUACUUGAAAAUUUUAACAGCAACACAGGUGAAUGAAAAUGUAUAAAGAACAGAUGAGAUUCUUUUUUUUUAACAUUAUUACAUGAGCUUUUUUCAGCAAUGGUUUAAAAUUGUGUACUUGUUUUGGUUUUGCAGAACUUAGUAACUGCAGCUCACCUACUGCACCAAAGUUAUAGAUUUUAGGAGCCCAGCUUUAGUCAUUUGAACAUGCUUCUAAUUAAAACAAAACAAAAAGGAACAAAAGCAGGAAGACAUUUUGACCUGUAAUAACUAAAUAACUUUGUCAAGGAAAGCUCUAGUAUUCACAGUGAUAGUUAAAGAAGUUUUAGCAACUGUAAUGUGAAAGAGCUAAAUAAAAGUAGCUUAAAUCAACAAUAACUACAAUUAUGAGAUUUAUCGAUCACUAUGACCAUGGCUCUUAUUGAGCAGGGUGUCAGAUUUCAAUUACUUGACUCUUUGAGUUGUGGAAUUAUGAGAAAAUUCUAAAGCCCUGUUCUUGGACACACAGGCAUCCUAUAUUAUUGGAGUAGAGGGAAUAGUUGAAAUCUAUUUUUCCCCAUUGGUACAAAGUUUAUGAACUGCUUGAACCUGAUACUUAAUUUAGGUUUGCACUUUAAUACCAGACUUAAAACCAAACACUGAAUUCAAAGUAGAUUAAGUGGUGAUUGUUGAUCUGUACUAGAUGUAGUAAAUAAUAGAAGAUUCAAGUAAUUCAUGAAGAUUUUAGUUUUCUGAAAAACUUGGGCUUGAUUUUUAUACAGUGUUUUUUCUCCUAUAGGUAGUUUUAUCAAAGUAUUCAUCAUCAUUGACCUCAGCAGAAAAAUUGACUUGAAUUAGCUUAGAAUGACAAGAAUGGGGGAAAGUGAGAGGUAAAGAUGGUUUCUCCAGCACAUUUUUUUAAAAAGGGACCAAAAGUUAUUUUAGGCUUCCUCAAUAGAUUGCAUGUGAAGUUGCUUAUUAGAAUAAGAAACUAAUAUUAAAUACAAUAUAUGUAUUGUCUCUAUUAUGACAUAUGUUUAGGAGUUGUUCAAAUCACUGCAGAAGGGCUCUGCAAAUAAAAUAAUGUAACCUAACAUCAUGUAUCUAAUGUACUGUAUCUUUAUCAGUGAAAGGUGAAAUCUGGACUAUCAAGUGCAAAAAUAGAACAAUGACCUAUAAAACUUUGUAAAAUAAAAGUUUUUCCAAUAGAUUUCAUUCUCUUCAUUUUGUAAGACAACCCUAUGGUCCACCUGUUUGUAACUUUUUUAAUAAAAUAGACAUCUGUAUUACU